AUGGAAGCAAAUAAAACAGGAAGAAGAUGGACUUUUACUGUAAAUGGCGUGAAUCUCAAACAAACAAUUGAAGAAAGGCUUAGGAAAGACAAAAGAGUAAGAUAUUGCAUCUUUAAUGUGUUCAAAAAAGACAAAAUAAUAAUAAAAGGAUAUAUUGAGUUUAAAACCUCAGUCAAAAAAACAGGAGUUUACAAAGUGCUUGGACUAAGUAUACACGUGAAGGUUCUAAUUGAAAGAAGAGAAAGAGAAGAAAUAAUAAAAGAAAUUAAAGACCUCGCAUACAGAUGCGCAAGCAGCACAGUGGAAAUAGGGGAAAGAUACUUAAAAAAAGGAGGCAGACCAAGAAAGGACAAAAAGUCAGCAACUACUGCAGUCUUGAAGAAUAUGAUAGACUUAAAUAACUAUUAUAUUGUCACAUCCUUAAGAACCGAGUUUGACAUAUUCUACUACUAG